CGCCUAAACUCUUUAUCUGGUUUGCUCGUAGAAGAAGUCAUCUGAAUAAUGUCUGGAAGAGGUAAAACCGGAGCUAAGGCCCGUGCCAAGGCUAAGACCCGCAGCUCCCGCGCUGGUCUACAGUUCCCCGUGGGCCGCGUCCACCGUCUCCUCCGCAAAGGUAACUACGCCGAGAGAGUAGGAGCCGGAGCCCCGGUUUACCUGGCCGCCGUCCUCGAGUACCUCACGGCCGAGAUCCUGGAGUUGGCCGGCAACGCCGCCAGGGACAACAAGAAGACCCGCAUCAUCCCCCGCCACCUGCAGCUGGCCGUCCGCAACGACGAGGAGCUGAACAAACUGCUCGGCGGCGUGACCAUCGCUCAGGGCGGGGUGCUGCCCAACAUCCAGGCCGUCCUGCUGCCCAAGAAGACCGGCCAGUCCACACCGAGCUCCGGCAAGGCGGGAAAGAAGGCCUCCUCUCAGUCUCAGGAGUAUUAGCUGCUGCUAACGCUGAACCCAAAGGCCCUUUUCAGGGCCACCCCACCUCCACAAGAGCAGUUUCCUCUUCACACCAACCUCUGCUUUCAUUUCUGGAAUCUGACUCCAGUUUUUGUCAUCAAAUGAGCACUGUGACUGCAGCUGAUGGACAAAGCAACUUUCACUCACCUAUUUUCUGUG